AUGAUUUUCCAAGUUUUUGGUUUUUUGGCAGGUAAUAUUCUCAGGUUAUUCAAAAAUAUUCAUCGAAUUUUUCAGUUUUGUUGAGCUGCGUUUAUGCAGAUUGUCCUGUUGCAACAUCGAAUAAAUGUGAUAACGAUUUGUUCAAAUGUUGCGGUCUUCAACUUCACGACAAUUUGCAAUUAUCAAAUUGUUUCGGAAUUUUAGCUUACGAGCCAGAAUGUCAUCGACAAGAAAUUGAAAAUCUCUACGCAAAUGGAACCACAGGACUAAUGACUGUUUGCGAGUAAGUUACUUUUUUUUCAAUUUUUUUUUCCAAAAUGUUUUCCAGCUCAUUCAACAAAUAUUACGAAUGUUUGGGAGAUGCUCGUGAAGAUUGUACCAGCAUUGGAUAUCACGUUCAGGCCGGACUCAGACUUUCGUAAGCUCACUCACAAGUGUUCUUAAAACAUUUCCCGAAAAAAAUUGAGAAAUUUUUAGGGACGCUGUUAAUGUUGUCUCAAUGUAUAAACAAUUUGGAUUUGCAUGUGGCGCUGGUUUCGAAGGAUUUUCAAACAACGAUGCUUGUAUGGGUCAUAUUUUCACUAGCAAAGCUGAUCGAAUCAAGGCUUGUCGAAACCAAUUCCAAAAUAAUAUUAUUGUAGACAAUGCAAAUCACUGCGCGUGAGUUUUUUUUUGGAGCCUAACAAGCUUAUGUAAGCCUAAUAAUUCCAAAUGGAGCAGUCUGGGUCCAUAUUUCUUGGAACUAUGAAUAAUUAUUUAGAUUUUUAGUUUAAGGUAAAAAAAAUUUCAAUAAGUCUAUAAUUAAAAUAAAGAUGCUUGUUUUCUAAAUACCUAACCUUUAGUGUCUUCCGCCAAAAAUACGUCAAAACUUGUAAAUUCCUAACACUCCAAUUUUUCAAGAGCUUCUCCCAAUAUUGUUUAUAUGUCAUAGUAAAAAUUAUCAAUAUUGUAGUUUUGCUCUCGUGCGCAAAUCAAACCACAAAGUUCAUUUAGCUUUGUUAGAUCAACAAUUAGUUGUUGCUCUUCAAAAUCUCAAGAAAAAAUAAAACCUGAACUAUAUAGUGAAGCAGGUGUUUUUAAAAAAUAGGCAAAGAAAAAUAUUUUGCAGACACCUGGAAGAGUACACUGGUUGUUUCACGGCUGUUUUCGAACAAAGCGGCUGUAAUACAGAAAGCACUUGGUGGGGAUGUGAAUAUGCUAGACAAUCAGGACGUGUUAUUUUGCACGAUUGCAAUUUGCAAUGUUCAUGUAAGAUCAUCUAAAAUUGGGAUUUUUUUUUAAUCUGGCUAAAAUUCGGGUUCGUAAGCACAUAUGUAUAAUUGAAUGUUCCCUUGUGUAUUUCAGCGUAAUAUUCACAACAAAAAAAAAGAUUUUUCCAGCAAGAACCUGA